CCCAAGUAUCCCUCCUUGCACCAUGUACCAAGUUCCCUACUACACUCGCCACCAGUAUCUCGCUGCCCAAGCUGAAGCCAGAGCCGCAGAGGCCGCCGCUAAAGCUGCAGAAGCUGAGUUUCUCGCUGCAGAAGCCAUUCGACAGGAAGAAGAAGCGUUGAAGGCCCGCUUGUACGACAUCGAACAACGCAAGAGGUAUUCUCGGCCCUCUAGUGUCUACAGUCUUCAACCACCAUCGACCUUUCAAAUUCAAAACCCCUCGCCAUUGGCCUACGGUUACCAUUCUGAUCCAGCACCUCCUUUUGCUCCUUCUACAUAUGCAGCACUCGACCACGAACAUGCCUACAGGCGUCUUCCAGCAGCAGCUCUUCCUCGAAUCCGCCGACUCCCUCAACCACCCUCCCAGGAAGAGAUCCUCAAGGCUCGUCUAGAGGAGGAGCGUCUGGCUCGCCUCGCCGCUGAGGAAGAACUGAAGCGGAAAGAGAAAGAAUUGGAAGCCAAAAGGGCUCGCGAGGCACGGCAAACUGCCGCUUGCUGCCCCAAUUCUACCUUCGAGGCGACCUCUUGUCGUGUUAAGGCCUGUCGUCGAGCGGCCCCUGUCUCUCCCCAGUUGAAGGACUAUCCUCAACCUGGCCCUGAGCCUGCGCCUGCCGCAAUCGAGGGAGAGAACGUCAACGACCUUUUGCUCUCCCUCUUUGGAAUUCAGCCCCAACUGGUUAGCAAGCCUACCCAGGAGCCCGCUGCGCCGAGUCCACCGAGAAUUCGCAAGGCUCCCCCUACUCAGGUCGCCUCAAAGCCUACCCCGGCGCCUCAGCAGAUCCCCAAACCCGCUCCUGCCACUCCUGCCAGGGUGGUCUUUCUCGAAGAUGAUAUUAGGCGCGCAAUCCUUGAAGUCAUCGACUCCCUCUCCACUCCAGAGCCUUUUACCAAGGCGACCAAGUCCCAGUCCAAGGAUUCUGGCAAGUCUCUAAUCGAGCAACUGCAUGCUCGAUACCAAACGGAGGGAGACAAAGAACUCCGAGACACCAUCCAGGCGACCAUCAACUCUCUUACCCCACAGAGGACCCCAUCUACCUUAUCCUCCUCGACUUCCAAAGGCAAGGAGAAGGCCACCACCACGCACCCUUCUUCUUCUGUCCGUUCGAGUCUCGAGAAAGUUACCAAGAUCAAGGCGACCUUCCAGGAUCUCGAGGCCGAGUUCACCUUCCCUUCCCAACUUGACUUUGUCUCCGACCACCCUCCCUCCGACCUCACCCCCUCGACGGCCUUCUCCCACCUCGCGUAUACCGCUCGCAACCACCCCCUUCGCUUCUAUGAACAGAGCCUUCUCUCACUUCUUGCUGACCUCGACCUCAUCGAGAGCCACGGCGAUCCUGUGUUGCGCAGCAAGCGAAAGGAAGCGGUCAACCAAAUUGAACGGACACUGGAAGCACUCGAGAGGGAGAUUGUUGGUCGAUGGAAGUCCAAGGUUGCAAAGGAGAAGGUACAGGGCUCAUCUGAGGCAACCUCUUCUCAAGAGGUCUCUCCCAAGUCCAAGGCUGCGACCAAGGAGGAACCAUCCGAGUCUCCUGUGACAGAGGACAAAGCGACUACCCGUGCGCCUGUACCUUCCUCCACCUCGGAGUCUGAAUCCCCUUCCCAAACGCCAUUCACCGUCCCCGUCUCCGAAAACGAUACCAGUGCCGGUGCGCCAUCAGCAACACUGUCUCAUGUCUCUUCGACGUCCGCUGCCGUAGUGGGGGUAGAAGAGUCGGAGGAAACCCCUGCAAAUACCACUGGCGCUGAGGACAAUGUGGAGGCUGUUGAGGUCAAAGUGGAGGAAUCCGAGCCCACUCCGACUGCACCCAACUCAGUCGACGAAGAGCCAGCCACCACUGGCCAAGACGCUGAAAACUCCGAGUCCCUGCCCGUGGACUCCCAGAGCACGGCCAAGGCAUUGACGGAGAUCGAGUCGCCUCUCGAGCCCCAUCGAACCCAGAACGCCGACGAACAUGUCCCUUCAAGCGACGCCCCAGGGAACAACGAUCAUGAGAGUGGUCAAUCUGACGUUGCGGCUGAAUCUGCUGAGGCUCCUUCAUCCCCGGUCUCCACCGUUCCCGACUCCAUAUCUUCAGUCUCCACUCGGGACGAAGACAGUGAGACUGACAGCUUCCUCUUGUCCCACGCAGCCCAAGAAGCAACAUCCAAACGCAAGACGUUUCCCAAACCACAUGUAGAGGAUUUAGGUAGCGAUUGGUCGGACCUGGACGCAUAAACGUCUUUUUUGUCUGAAGUUGCGCCUGGGAUUGAUUGAUUAGAUCAUAUUUAUAACUUUAGACUGUGUAACAUUAUAAUUAUCUCGUGUCCUUUAGAUACCCAACAAUAUGUGACUGUCUCAUUUAGUCUUCCAAA